AUGCCUGACAGUGUCAGCUCCAUUGAAAGCUAUGACUCGGAUGAACCUCCCCCGUUAGAGAUCAAUAAUAAGCAGCUUCUAGCAUGUGCGACAAAUAUCUUGGGAACCCUUUGCACAAGUGCUGUCCCCAUGACACGAGGGGUCAAUCAUGAGGUCUUCCUUCUCUCAUUUGAAGCCAAAGGCAAUACUCACCCAGGCCUCGCACAGGCUGGUCAUCGCUGCAUUGCACGAUUCACUCGCGUCAACUCGGUUGAUGCCACGCGGAGAGAUGCGAGCGAAGUGGCGGCACUGCGGUACCUGAAGUGCAAAACCGACAUACCUGUCCCUGAAGUCUAUCACCAGGAUCUCGGCCUUGAUAACCCAGUGGGAGCACCUUACACCUUGAUGGAGUAUAUACAGGGACGACAUCUUUACAAGCUCUGGGAUGCUCUUGACCUCGUUGCAAAGAAAGCAGUGCUCUCGCAAAUCGCCACAGUAGUCGCCAAGUUCGCAUCGCUGCGCUUUCAAUCAAUUGGAUCUCUGAACGACGAAGGCAUCGUCGGACCUCUUAUCACUCCUGCUACAAAUAUUCGAAGAGGUCCAUUCUUUUCAACCAAAGAAUACUUGCUCUCAUUCGUGUCAACUGAUAAUAUCUCUUCGCCAGAGCUGAUUCAACUCUUUGGUCAGAUUCAGACAGAACUUGAUGCAUUCUUUACAAAGACAAAGGAGGACUCAGGUCUUGCGCCACCAUUUGCCAUGAUUCAUGCCGAUUUUGAUGGUCAAAACAUGCUCUUCAUUGAGCAGCCUGGCGGUUUGCCACCAAAACUAGCUGGGAUCAUUGACUUUGAGUACUCUUAUACCGGACCUCUGUACUAUCUGUUUGAAUACCCGAUUUUCAUACAAGAUGUUUCUUGGUCCAAAGAGCUUUACCCCAUCAACGCCAUUUUGCGGCCUCAUUUUGUUCGCGAAAUUUUGAACAAACUACCCGAUGAAGAAUCACGGAGGAUCCUCAUUGCAUGUAUGAACAGCAAAAGCUAUACUCUGAAUAGCUUCCAAUCGUCUUUCAUGUUCAUAGAAUCCACCGAAAAUGGUCUCAUCGAACUGGCUAAAUCUUACUUGCGGUGUGUGAGAGAGGGUACACACCCUGCCUACAUGGGAAGGUUGGAUUACACUGCGGAGCUGUAUCUAGCAGACGGGAGUGUGAGCAUGGCUGAGCCGACGGGAGACUCUUGUUUUCAGGAAUGA